AUGGCUGCAUUUCUUUUAACAACAAAUCGUAAUCGUGUAUUUCAAGCUGCUAUAAUUUCUUUGCCAAUUUUAAGUAUGGGACGUUUUACACAAUGUCGUGCAGCAAAAUAUCAUGAACGUAAAGCAACAAUACUUGUAUCAAAAAUGAUACGUACUAAACUAUUAACUGAUGGUACAGCUAAACAAGCAGAAUUUGAACGUUUAUUUGCAAAAUCUAAAGUCAAAUUAGCUGAAUUCGAACGUCAACUUGAUGAAAUUAUACCUAAACAACAAACUAGAGAAACUUAA